UUAUUUUAUUUUAUUUUUUGUAAGGGCCGGUAAAGUACUUUAAAGAUGGGGUGUAUAUAAAGUUCGAAAAGCCAAAGAGAUCUACUUCACAAGCAAUGGAUUGCAUGUCAAAAAUGCCUAGCUCUUGUGGUGAAGCUAAAGAAGAAAAGAGCUUUGAAUCUACUGGCAACCAUGAGAAUCAAGAGGCUGGACAGGGUAAAAGUAGAAGAGAAAUAUUGCUGGAGAUGGGUAACUUGAACCAAUCUUCACCACAAUAUAUGGCCUCGGGAAAUGUUAAAAAGGAGAAUGAACUUGAAUCUGCCAAAGCCGAAAUGGGUGAGGUGAAAGAAGAAAAUAAAAGAUUAAAAAUGAUGUUACAGCAAAUUGAAAAGGAUUACCAGUCUCUUCAGCUGCGUUUCUUUGACAUCAUUAAACAAGAAACUCCCAACAACUUUACUGAGUCAUCAACUCCCUCACAUGAUGAAACUGAAGAACCUGAACUAGUGUCUCUUUGCCUUGGAAGAAGUCCAACUGAGCCUAAGAAAGAAGAGAAAGCUAGCAACCCUACCAAAAUCAGUACCAAAGAUGAGGAAUGGAAGGCUAGCCUUUCACUUGGAUGGGACUCUAAUAAGUUUCAACUAUCUACAGAGAUUGUUUCUGAUCCAAGCCCGGAGACAAGUUUGGAAGAAACUAAGCAAGCAGAAGCUGGAGAGACAUGGCCACCAAGUAAGACUCUAAAGACAAUGAGAAAUGGAGAUGAUGAAGUUUCACAGCAAACACAUGUGAAAAGAGCUAGGGUUUCUGUGAGAGCUAGAUGUGACACUCCAACGCUGAAUGAUGGAUGCCAAUGGAGGAAAUAUGGACAGAAAAUUGCCAAAGGAAACCCAUGCCCUCGAGCUUACUAUCGUUGCACAGUUGCACCAGAUUGUCCAGUAAGAAAACAGGUGCAAAGAUGUGCUGAGGAUACUUCCAUCUUGAUCACCACCUAUGAAGGAAAUCACAACCACCCACUUCCAGUUACUGCCACUGCCAUGGCUUCCACCACUUCCGCUGCCGCUUCGAUGCUAUUGUCUAGCUCUUCAAUGUCUAAACCAGGCCUUGGCUCCACAGCUGCUGCUCCUGUACCUAAUGGAUUACAUUUUAAUCCCCUGGAUAAUUCAAGAGCAAAACAAUUUUACUUGCCAAACUCUUCCUCACCCCUUUUCCCAACAGUCACUCUAGACCUCACUACCUCCCCACCCUCUUCAUCCACUCCUUUUAAUAGAUUAUCUUCAAGCUUUGCUUCAAACCCAAGAUUUCCUUCAACAAGUCUAAGCUUCUCAUCCUCACAAUCCAACAUUCUACCAACAGCUUGGGGCAAUGGAUACCCUAGUUUUAACUCAGUACCCUACAACAAAACCCACACUGGGGGGUCCUUAAAUAUGGGGAAACAAUUCCAAGAGCAGCAGCUUUCCUACCAAUCUUAUUUGGAAAAGUACCACCAAGCUUCUUCUCAAGAGACUUUAACAGAUAACCUAGCCAAGGCAAUUGCAUCGGACGCAAGUUUCCGAUCCAUGAUUGCUGCCACAAUUUCAUCAAUGGUAGGAGGUCGACCAACCCCAGGUAGUAACCAAGGUGGAGGGGAAAGAUAAGGCCAAAACAUGAAGUGGGGUGAGCCAAUUCAGGCUGUUUCUACUGAUUCAUUGACCCAAAACGGAAAAGCAUGUGCAUCAAGCUACUUCAACAGAUUGGCUUCAUCCCCUUCCCAGACAUCAGGCUUGAUGCUUAUGCAGCCUCCGUUGCCAUUAUCCAUCUCCAAGAGUACUCCUACAUCUACUUCUGCCAUUGGGGAUCAAAUCAAAUCACCUUGAAUGUUACAAUGGUUGAAGCAUCCUUUUUCUCUUCAAUGCCUUGCAAACAGGCGUUAUUUGCAUAUUUUCUGUUCAUGAAGCUGGUAAUAUGGGACAAGCCAACAUUGCACCAAGACCAUGACAGUAAAAGUCAUCCUUUGAGCAUA